AUGGUUAGAAACAUUGUCGUCUUUGGUGGCUCGUCCCACCCAGCCUUGACCGAAACCAUUUGCGAAAUUCUAGGCAUCGCGCCCGGGCAAGCACUCUUCUCCAAAUUUGCAGUCGGUGAAACUAGGGUGGAGAUAGGCGAAUCGGUUCGCGGAAAAGAUAUCUACAUCAUACAGUCGGGCGGUGGGAAAGUGAAUGACCACUUCGUUGAGCUUCUUAUUGCGAUAUCAGCUUGCAAGACUGCUUCCGCGAAAAAAGUUACGGCUGUGCUACCUCUUUUCCCAUACUCUCGACAGUCCGACAUCCCUUACAACAAAAGCGGUGCCCCUUUGAUCAAAGCCGGCAACAUCAGCAGCAAGCUUGUCUCAGAAACAAAUGGCUACACAUUCGAUAGCAUUCCACCUACCCCACAUCCAGACAAGCACGAGAGUCACGGUCUGGCGAAUGGACACCCACUGCACAAAGCGGCUUCAAAAUCAGAUCUUGAUCAAGUCGAGAACAGUCCCACCCACCAGGCCCGCUUUAGCCACUAUCGAGAGUCAAGCUCUCACUCGACGACCAAACAGGAAUACUUCCCAAAUGGGAGAAAGCGCGGAGACUCGGCGGCUUCCACUAAUGGGGUUGCGAACCACGACUUCGCCGUGCCACUUUCGGCGCAGAAGAUGGACCCGCAAGAGACGUUCAAGCCUCGCCCUGGUUAUCGGCAAUGGGUCGCACAAGCAGGUACCUUGGUAGCAGACCUUCUCACGUGCGCGGGGGCUGACCACAUCAUCACCAUGGACCUACAUGAUCCUCAGUAUCAAGGAUUCUUUGAUAUCCCUGUUGACAAUCUCUACGGCAGACCAAUCCUCAAAAAGUACAUCCAGCAGAACAUUCCAGACUACAAAAACGGUGUUGUCGUCAGUCCUGAUGCCGGAGGCGCCAAACGAGCGACCGCCAUAGCGGAUGCGUUGGGCAUUGAAUUUGCAUUGAUUCACAAGGAGCGAAGGCCUACCAAGAUCACCGAUCGCCAAAAUGCCACGAUGAUGCUGGUCGGCGACAUCACUGGAAAGGUCGCUUUCAUCAUCGACGAUCUAGCGGACACGAGCAACACCAUCACCAGGGCAGCCAAGCUAUUGAAGAAGGAAGGCGCAAGCAAAGUCUAUGCUUUGGUCACCCACGGUGUUUUGAGCGGUGAUGCGAUUGAGCGUAUCAAUGCAAGUGCAUUGGAUAAGGUGAUCGUUACGAACACAGUCGACCAGUCCGAACAUGCAAAGCGAUGCCCUAAGCUUGAAGUGCUCGAGGUUGGGCAUGUAUUUGCUGAGGCCAUCCGAAGAGUACACUAUGGGGAGAGUAUUAGCGUGCUAUUCCAGUAUGAUUAG